GCUUUGAGUUCUCAGUUCUGGGGCAGAAAAACCCUCGUUUAGUGGCCAUGGCUUUAAAGGCAACGCUGACUUGGCUUUGCUCACUUGCAGUCUUGUCCUCCUGUGCGGCUCAUGAAACUAUUCCACUCGACUGCAGCUCACAAGCUGAAGUCUGGGAACGUUUGUCAGCUGAUCUCAGUGUGGCAGUAAAGUGUGGCGAAAACCCACCAUCAUCUUGGAGUGCACAGCAGACAGCUGCACUGGAGCUCUACAUGAGGAAUCUGACGGAUACUCUGCACAAACACCAGCUGAAAGAAUGCCAAGGAUCUGAGCCAACACAAUGCAAAGAAGCUGAAGUGCCAAAAAACGGGGGGCUGGCAUGUGCCACUGUUGCCAACAAACGCUACUGCAAACCCAUGUGCAACUAUGGUUAUGAUUUUGGUUUUCUGAGAAAAAGACGUGUUUUUGAUGAAUGUAGUGGGCAAACAGGAUAUCAGUGGCAGAGCCAGUACGUAGGAGGAAACAAGCUGGCUGAGUGCAUCGAAGCAUCUAUUCAAGUCUCAGGAGCAACAACUGCAUAUUUUCCAAAAGAUCAGGACUGCAUAACAACCAAGAGCAGCAGUCAAAUGCAGAAUCGCACCCUUGAAGAUUUUACUGCUGAGCUGAGGGGUAAAGGCGUACAAGGAGAGCUGAAGUAUGCCUGUCUUGUAUGCGGUUAAACAUGAUAGAGAACCGUGUCAUGAAAAAUGGGGUAUAAAAGGACGUCCUGCUGCAGUAAAAACAUUUUAAUAAAUACUUGAACAUGGA